CGGCGGGCGACAGAAAGAACUGAUGAAAACAUCAUGGCUGGACGGCCUCCGAGGAUUCGCGGCCUUCCUGGUCUACUGGCACCACCACACCCUCUGGGCUCACGAAGGGAGCGAACUGAUCCUGGAAAGCGGCUUCGGUUUCAACAAUCAACAUUAUUUUGCCAGUUUCCACUUCAUACGAAACUUCUUCACAGGAGGGCAUUUUGCUGUGGCCAUAUUCUUCGUUAUUUCGGGCUACGUAUUAUCAGCAAAACCGCUAGCAUUGAUUUAUGCUGGGGAAUGGGCGAAGCUGAAUGAUAACCUGGCGUCCGCAGUCUUCAGACGUUGGCUCAGACUCUACAUCCCAAUUAUCUGUACCACGUUCGUCUUCAUCACCCUUCAUCAUACAUUCGGUUUCUGGACCUUGAGUGUGAAAUGGGAAUCAAACUACAGAGACAGCAUCUGGAUGUGGUAUGCAGAGAUCAAGAACUUCACCUUCCUCUUUAACGCCGGUGGAGAGCCUUGGUUCACUUACAAUCCUCAUCUCUGGACGAUUCCCCACGAGCUCAAAGGAUCCAUCAUCGUGUACACCACCGUGCUGGCCCUCUCUCGUUGCUCAAAACCCGCGCGACUAUGGUGUCAAACCGGACUGAUCUUCUACUUCCUCUACAUCGUCGACGGCUGGCCUUGCGCGCUCUUCGCCAUGGGCCAGCUGCUCUCCGAACUCGACCUGUUGGCCGAGAAGAAGGAACUCCCCCGUCUCUUCUACCGCCUCGAAGCCUACAAAGACCUGAUCUUCUACAACCUGUUUUGCAUCGGCAUGUACCUAGGCGGCGUCCCCUCUCACAACAACGAGAUAAAGGAUCUGCGAGCCUCCCCGGGAUGGUACGCACUUUCGUUUUUGCAGCCACAGGCUGUAUUCAACUACAAGGCCUUCUACCUCUUCUGGGCCGCGGCAUUCGUCGUGCCCGCCGUCCCUCGCAUACAUUGGCUAAAAUCCUUCUUCGAGACGCGCUUCUGCCAAUACCUAGGCCGGAUCUCGUUCGCCUUAUACCUCGUUCACGGUCCCGUGCUGUGGGUGUUGGGUGAUCGGCUGUAUGUGGCUGUCGGCUGGGUGAGAGAGGCUCACAAGGAGGGGAUCCCCGGGUGGGUGGAUCUGGUGCCGUUGCCGAAAUGGGGACCCUUUGGGCUGGAGGUGGCGUUUCUGCUGCCGCAUCUGGUGUUGCUGCCUUUUACGCUAUGGGUGGCGGAAUGCGUUGCGAAGUUGUUUGAUGAGCCGGCUGUGAGGUUCGGUCAGUGGUUGUAUAGGAGGACUUUGGCGCCAGCCGGCAGAUGAUGGUUAGUUACUGUGAGCGAUUUGGGAGAUUUUAGUUGAUCCAUAGUAUCGCUUAAGCUGAUCAUUAUUAUCAAACUCUGC